CGUAGGAGAGAAAUAUGAUGUGAAAAUCUGAAGCUACCGACCACACAUUAUGAUAAAAACAGCUGUUUAUUCAUCAACUCUCACCGUAUGAACAGCGGGGACACUUCACCGGCUCCAUUUGACUGUUAAUGAGAGGAAGCUAAGGUCUCCGGAGCAGCCAUGCCCGUCUCCCUGCUGUGGGCGGUGGAUGUGUACGGCCGGGUCUACAGCCUCUCCACGGGGGGGGGGCUGUGGGAGCAGUGCCGCGACGCUCACAUGGAGUUCAAGCGCGUGACGGCCGCUCAGCAAUGCUGCUGGGGCAUCGCCUGCGACAACAACAUCUACCUGAACCUCCACGCGUCUGACCUGCCCGUUCGAUACCAGGAGGAGACCUACGAGAACCAGCGCUGGAAUCCCGUGGAUAGUUUCUCAGAUCGUUUGUUGCCUAGCGACCGCUGGCAGUGGAGUGAUGUCACCGGUCUGCAGCACCAGCCUCUGGACGGCUUCCUGCUUCCCUCCGACAGCUGGGAGUGGGAGGGCGACUGGCACUUGGAUGAAAACUUUGAGGGAGAGCCCACAGAGAAAGUGGGAUGGACCUACGCCAUUGAUUUUCCCGCCUACUACACCAAAGACAAGAAGUGGAACUCCUGUGUGCGUCGCAGGCGAUGGCUCCGCUACAGGAGAUACAGAUCCAUGGACACCUGGGCCAAGAUCCCCCCACAGCAGACGACUCUCCCAGAUCCUUUCAGCGACAUCAGCUGUGGAGGAUGGAAGAUCAACGAGGAGCCCAGAGGCCGGCUGUCACUGUGGGCUGUCUCCCUGCAGGGCAAGAAGCUUCUCCUCACUAUGGAGAGACCAGCAGCAGCAUAG